AUGGCUGUAGGACUUGGAAGGAGGAUAUGGAACAAUGUCGGCUUCUUGGCAUUAUUUACCGUCCUUACUUCUUCUUCGCUCAAUUGUGUCACUUUGGUACGUGAACGUAGAGAUGAACGCAGGCUACAUGCACUUCAAUUAGGAUUAUUGCAAGACCUUCGAUCGGCUUUGAGAGAAAUUCCAUCUUCUUCAAAAGUGACAUUAGAUGAACAAAAGAUGCUUGUAAGGAGAUUCACCUCCCUCCAGCUUGAUCCUGCUUUGAUCGGUUUUUCGCAAUCAGUAUUACCACAAGAAUCAGAAGAGGAAAUACUGCGAAAACAUAGAGAGAUGCAUACAAGCUGGAGUCAGGCUUUGUUCGGCUCAGGAUUGAUUGGAAAGUUGCGUGAAUCGACAAGAAAGACGAUCGCCCGACUACGUGGAGAAAAGGAAGAAAUUGAUUCAGCCAAUGCAGAUCGCCUUGAAAAGGAAGAGGCUGAAUGGAUCAAAGCCAUCGAGGAAUCUGAAGAGAGAGAACAGAAAGCUUUGGGUAGGGCCGAGAGAGAAAUACAUGAAAAGAUACCACCGCUUGGUAACAGAGCGGGAACAGCUGCAAAAGCAAAUGAAGAGGCCAAGGAACCUUCGCAAGCACGCUCAUGGUUCUCAUGGCGAUCGAAGGAGGAGGAUACUAAAAGUGCUCGGGAAGAUCAACAGCGAAAUAUCAGUCCAAAUGCUCGAUCGAUAUUUAACGAAAAUCAACAGGAUGCGCCUCGAAGACGAUUGAUAAUAUAA